CAUGUGCCCGCUUCGCAGCCUCCUCCUCAUAUCCACCCUGGUUCUCCUCCACCACCUGCCCCACCUCAGUUUGGGCAGGAGCCUCCCCACCACCACAGCAAGCCCAGGAAGGAGUUGCCUCGACUACUCCCAAAACCUGCUGAGGGCCGUCAGCAACACGCUGCAGAAGGCCAGACAAACCCUAGAAUUUUACUCCUGCACUUCUGAGGAGAUCGAUCAUGAAGAUAUCACCAAAGAUAAAACCAGCACAGUGGAGGCCUGUUUACCACUGGAAUUAGCCACGAAUGAGAGUUGCCUGGCUUCCAGAGAGACCUCUUUUAUAACUAAUGGGCGUUGUCUGGCUUCUGGAAAGACCUCUUUUAUGACAACCCUGUGCCUUAAAAGUAUCUACGAGGACUUGAAGAUGUACCACGUGGAGUUCCAGGCCAUGAAUGCAAAGCUUCUGAUGGAUCCUAAGAGGCAAGUCUUUCUAGACCAGAACAUGCUGGCAGCUAUUGCUGAGCUGAUGCAGGCCCUGAAUUUCGACAGUGAGACUGUGCCACAGAAACCCUCCCUGGAAGAACUGGAUUUUUACAAGACAAAAGUCAAGCUCUGCAUCCUUCUUCACGCCUUCAGAAUUCGUGCGGUGACCAUCGACAGAAUGAUGAGCUAUCUGAGUUCUUCCUAGAAUGCUGAGGUUUCUCCUAACC